AUGGUGAUUGCGCUCGUCUGCUUCCCCAGCCUCAAGGCUUGGAGACCUAUCGUUACCGAGCUCUCUGUCGAACUCACAAGCAUCCGCAAUGUCUCGCACAAUGUGGGGCCAGCCACCGUCAUCGCGGAGCGCGAGCAGAGCUGCAACUGCCUCACCGGAGCGAGGGAGGAAUCUGAUGGUGAUAUUGACGUUGAACAUAUAAAUACACGCAAAAGACGCAAUGAUAACUCAUACUGGAAGGCGUGGGACAGGCCCACUCUUCUUCAAUUGGCGUCAGCGCCCGUCGCAUGCACAUCGCGACACACACCGUAUUCUGCGAAUAUGAACGAAGAGACGACGGCCCUUUCUGCGUUUUCCGUAGAUUCAAAUAUACGCAUCUAUCCGAGAUGUCUCCAUCAGCACGGAGUGGCCCUGUACCAGGCGAAGGGCCGGUUACGUACAACGCAAGGCUUGCCGGCCCUGAGCCUUGAGAAGCCAACACAUUCAGUCAACGUGAUCAAAGGCGGUCCACCGUCCACACUGUGCUCGGAAAACCUAAUCAAGCCUUGUGCGGUUCACAUACCGCAAGGUCUUAUCUCUAGCGUGUAUCGAUACCACGGAGAAGGACAAGCGCACGCUCUUGGUCUGAGGUUGGAUUGCGAUCUUCAGUGCAUGCUGCAGAAGUCUGCGCCUAUCAAAAGCUUCUCCCGAGACGACCUCUACAUAGCGGUGGAGCCGUACCAAGAGGCAGUGGACGGACGCGUCCUCUCCGACCUCUCCUCUCCGAGCGCGGGCACUAUGGAAACUGGAGGCAAUCAUAUUACCACAGGGACAGUCCCGACGGCCGUGCUUCGGCCUCUCCCGCUGGAGCUCUGGUUGUUGAUCAUUGAUGAGCUCGGUGCAGAACGCGAUUACGAUGCGCUGGAAGCGUGCGCAGAGGCCAGUGAAGGAUUGCUGAAAGAGAGAGCGGAGAGAUACAUUCCAAAUGAAAUGACAUUCAGAAAGCAGGAGGAGGUUGCGAGCAUUAAAAUGGGGUUACACUGGAAGGGACCAGAGAGAGUACGCAUCUUGGGAGGAAUGCGCCGUGGGGGGCAGCUCCCUAUUCCACACCUUGCGACAUUUGCAUCGAGGUUCGCACAAAAGUGGACACGCGCAGGCACGCUGACGAUCGAGAAGGCAGAGUGGCGGGUCCAGGAUCUCGAUCAUCAUCACCUCUUGCUCGAUUUGGCCUAUUUCAACAACGUCAGCACGCUCUUCCUGUAUGGCGUCACGUUCCCUACGGUCCUGGCGUUUUGGCGCCUCGUCUGCGCCCUCCCUCAACUGCGCUGGCUUCACCUCUAUGACGUUACGUUCGUGGACACUGCCAUUGAUGCCCGGACGUUCUCUGCCUUUCGCCUCCUGUCCGCUCCCCGCCUGGAGGAGAUGGAUAUGCUUCCACCCAUGUCAUCCGAUGGCGGUCGACUCGUAUCACACCAAGAAACAGACUCCGCUGGGCUGCUUUUAGCGCUUUUAGCACAGACUGUGUCAUCUCUCAAGGAACCUCCAUGGAGAAAUGUCAGGUUGUUGUACUUGUGGGAUGUCAUGCUCCCGACCGCUGCCGACUUGGAAUGCUUGCGCUUUGCUCUUCCUUCCCUCGAGUUAUUCAUGAUCUUCGGGCCCCUAUCCGUACCGAUUGAUACACAUGUGCAACAGGAGCUUCGGCAGCACCCUCUGACAGUCGACAGCCGGAGGCCCGUUCUGGAGGGGAUGAAGCAGCACUUAGUGCAGAAAAACAUCAAGAAGGAGAUUUCGGAGAAGGUCUGCGAGAGCAUUUUCUUGAGCCCACCCAACCCGGUAUCGUCACGGACGAUGCGAGGCGCGUGCAUGAGCGUGGAGACGGAGUCCCAAGCAUGGUUGCCCAGCGAAAGAUCGAGAUCGAGUAGCGCGAGGAAUAUAUGCAUGACAAUCCGUGAACGCGGUGGAGUUGUGAUAUGGUGGAAGAAGCCUUUCUCCGUGCACGGCGCGAGUGAGGGGCCCCUAGACAAAGUGAUCUUCACCUACAGACACCAAUUCCGCAGUGAAGACGCCAUGAAGGAAGGAUCCAACCCGCAGAUCAUCGCCCAUCAACAGCUUGUCAGCUAUUACCAGAGACACCCUCCCGCUCACCCAGAAGACGUAUUCGCCACCCUACGAAUCAACGUCGAACCAGCACAAACAACAGAGAACCUACAGUCACCUGUUAACGAACAACCGUUCGAGCUCCCGGACGUUCAGUACGUUCCCAUCGAGGCUCCAGAACUACCACCAGCUCCACCUGCACCAACCAACGCACCGGUUGAAGUCCCUAUGGCAACGUUCACUCAAGCAGACAUCGAUCAGCGCAUCGCUGUCGCCCUCGCAGCAUACCAAUCCCAACAGUCAACUGCCAACCGACCCCUUCGCCUUGACAUCCCCGCUCCCGAACCUUUCAGCGGAAAGGCGGAAGACCUCAGACGCUUCAUCCAAUGCGUCCUCUCCUACUUCGUCGCCACCAACAACACCAGACUUAGCGAUGAAGCAAAGAUCGCCUUCACUGUAGCGUUGAUGAGGAAGGACCUAGGGAAGACAUGGGCAGACGCAUACUACGAGAAGUCGGCAGGGGGAGUCCAGGUCUAUCCCGAUUGGGCAGCCUUCGCCACCGCCCUCGAGGAAGCGUUUCCCGAGCACGGAACGCGAAUCAAGGCACACCAAAUCCUGAUGAGACUGCCCGAACGACAAAAGAACAAGAAGACGGCGCUCUCCCUUGGAAACUACGUCACCCGCUUCGAGCAGCUAGCGUCGAAAGCCCAGCUCAAGGACGCUGAAGUCAAUGGCGUCAACCUGUCGCGACUUGAGGUCAAGCGACAGGGAAAUAUCUAG